AGCGCAGCGCGGUGGCGGUCGGGCAGAGCGAGUGGCUGCGGGCCAGGGAGAGAGCGCCGGUGGCCCUGCCGUGCAGAGAGCUCGGGCCGGUUCGGGCGCGGGUGCUUGGGGCCGGACAGGCUCUGAACCCCUUUCCUCGGGAGAGGUGCUUGGGACAGACUCCAGCUGCCCUGCCCGGCCGGCUCUGCCCUACUCAGGCCGCUCCCGGUUUGCCCCGUUGGAGCCCUUAGCGUAGUUUGUGGAGACACUGCGGCUCUUACUUUCCCGGACGCCGUGGCAGUGGAGGCGUCGGAGAGCAUCCCACUUUGCAUCUGUGGUCGAGCAGCUAAAUCUUUCAUAGAGACACAGAAUGGAUGAUACAGGAAAUCGACUUCGGUUCCAGCUAGAGUUGGAGUUUGUUCAGUGUCUAGCAAAUCCCAAUUAUCUCAACUUUCUUGCACAAAGAGGAUACUUCAAAGACAAAGCUUUUGUAAACUAUCUUAAAUAUUUACUGUAUUGGAAAGAACCUGAAUAUGCAAAAUACUUGAAGUAUCCUCAGUGUUUGCAUAUGUUAGAGCUGCUCCAGUAUGAACACUUUCGCAAAGAACUGGUAAAUGCUCAGUGCGCUAAGUUUAUUGAUGAGCAGCAGAUUCUUCACUGGCAGCACUAUUCACGGAAGAGAAUGCGCCUCCAGCAAGCGCUAGCAGAGCAGCAGCAACAAAACAACACCUCUGUAAAAUGAAAAGCACUUGGAAGAGUGAUGAUGAUUAAUUCAAAUAUUUGGGUUAAUUCAAAUAUUUACAGGAAAGGAAUGAAGUCUUUGUCUUUUGUAGAUUUUGCUGAGUACAUUUAAUUUUUGAUUUGUCAGAUGACUUUGUCUUUCACCAACUUGUAUCAACUUCCUUAUGAUAGAAGACUGAAACACCUAAUUCUGCCAUUUCUUUUGUAGCAUGGACAAUCUUGCUAAGAACAUUGCUUCUGGUAUUUGUUCCUUUUGUUUUUGACAACCAAACCUACCUUUUGAGGGCACUGACAUUGCUGUAUCGUAACAGAAAGCGUAGGUCAGAAGUCUCUACCGUGUAGGCAUGUUCCCUGAAGAACAACGAUGUCUACAAGUGUGACUAAGACUUCCCCCAUGUACUGCUUUUUAUGAGCAAAGCUGAAGUGAUUAUGAUUGUUGCACAAAAUUUAUUUUGUAUUUUUUUUGCCUGGAAACAGAGCCGGGCUAUUACUUGUCCAUUCUGUUUACUUGGUAAUUUUUUUUUUUUUUGAGGGGUGGGCAGGGGUGUCUUAGAGGGUUCUCUUAACAGUGCAUUUUAGGUAGAAAAAAUGAAGCGUGAAGAGGUAAGAGCUGCCAGGGUGGAGCAGAGAUGAGUAACGAUAAACUUCAGUGGGAUAGAGCUAUGGCCUGUUUCCUUCUGGCGUAUCUACAAAGCCAGUUUACUUUAAUCUUGGUCUUCCAGUGAAAUACUGGAUGUUCUUACACUUUUCUACACUACAUGUAAUGAAAACAAUUUCUGUUACAGAGAAGGUGUAAAUGCUUGCAAAAUUGGAGAAACAACAUGUGUUUUUGUAUAGCUGUUAGGUUGUUUUUUGUUUUUUUUUUUGUAAAAAUGCAGACCACGGUAGCUAUGAGGGAUUUCAUUUUAGAUUGUGUUCAUGCUGUAUUCAUGUUGUAUUUCAUAUUCUUGUAGGAGUAGGUGCUGCAGCGCAAUCAGUGACAAGACUGCUAGCCUUCAGCUCAUUGUACUUGCGCUGAACAGAUAAGCCAUUAAACAUUGUUGGUAUUAAAAAUUUAUCUUAACAGCUUCAGCAGCUGCAUAAAAUUAGCUUCAGGAAGAGAAAGCAUUUUUUUCUGUUUCUUCUACCUGCUCCUCUCCACUUCCCCCUCCUACACUAUUAAAGGUGUAACUUAGCCAUUAAGUAUUACUCUUCAGUAAAUGUAGGCUGCUGCUGCCUUGGUUUAUAUCUUGAGCUUGGCUUCUUUGUAAAGACUUGGCAAACUCAAAUUUAUUUCAAGAAAGAAGAAAACAAAACA